UCGCGCACCUGAAUUGUUUAAUCUCUCACCUCACUAUCGUCGCCGCCGUUUUGUCCGAGAGAUGUGCGGGGCUGGUCAUUGCUUGUCACGCUGGCUUCGUAUUGAGCUUGACGUUGUUGCGACCCGGUCGGUUUUGUAGUUGCUGCGGUGAUAGUGUCGUGCGCUUUCUCGGAGCUUGUAGGCAUUACCUCUGGCAGUUGUUAGUUGUUAGUUGUUAGGUUUGGCGUAGCGGAGAGAGGCCUGUAGAACGGGGAGUGGAUUGGACUUUCUCGGAGCUCGGCGAAUGCUAUUGCCUGUUAGCGGACUGCUGUUUGUAGGACUUCUGCCUGCACUUCCCCUCGGGUGGGCUUGGAUUAGUGGAUGUUGGCCCGAGUAUGGUUCUGCAUUUUCCGACAGAUCUAGUUGUUUACAUUGUGGAGUGCUGUUGUUGUGGUUGUUGUUGUGAGCGAAGUGCGCGUUGGCUAUGGAUGGGGUUUUGAUAUUUGAGCUUGUCAGGGAGUCUGUGAUACGUCGUGUUAUUCCGGAGAUGUAGCUUUGUAUUUGUGAGGUGGCUUCGGCAUGCACGGUUGUCUGUGGUCGUGUUUGCGUAUUUGAUGCAAGAAUGAAGAUAUUGUCCACUAUCGCUUCUGAUCGUGGUGCAUUCGGGUCACACUUGGUUGGAGUAGGUGAAACGUUUCCGAGUGUUACAUGUUUUCGAUGUUUCCUAACUCUGAUCGUACGAUAUUGGAGACGAUCUAGUUGAAACAUGUCGUUACAAUGUAGGUAUACACCAGUUUCUUUCGGUUGUAACGAAGUUUUAUAUUCACGUGCACACAGUUUUACAUUGGCUUAGUCACGUAGUCAUAUGUGUUAUCUCGUGGCUUCUUUCAGGUAUUUUAGCCUUACUUAAGUCUAUGAUCACUCUAAUAUGCAUUGGUAUGCUCUUACGUCAGUCCUGUUGACCAACCCUAUAUCCCGUAUAAGCUACGCUCUCGAGAUGACUCGUCUUAGUACUCUACUGGAACCAGUAGCAUCCAUGAUAGUCUAAUUCAGAAGUGGAUACUUAUCCUUCUGUUCCAUUCUUUCGCUUGCACAAGAAGCUAGUUCUUACAACCUCAUAUACUUUGCACUGUUGUCAAAUCCAGAAGCGCUUUUAGUUGAUGCCUUAAACAUCACCUCUCGUGAUUGCGUUUUAAUUUAGCCGAAAGUUCAAUGUGCAUGGUACAUAUCAAAAUUUUCAGGUAAUGCUUGAGGUCACCUGAUGCGGAGGUAUAGGAAUGUAUCUGCCGAAAUAUUCGUUUGAGGGAGCUCACUUUUGCUGAUGUUUAUAAGCCAUCUCUUUAAUUACUGAGUUACAAUAGUAAUUCUCAAGUAAUUCUCAGAGGUUAGCAGUGGACUUGCAUCAUCUCCCAAGAGGAGUUCAAAUCAGAGAGGUUAUCAAUUGAUCAGUAAAUAAUGCCUCCCUCUGUGGUACAAGACAGUUUUCCAUCUACCCCUGGCAAGGUUAAAGUGGAACGCAGUAGCUAUUUCGGGAGGGUAGCUAGUCGAUGGCACUCUACAGCUUCAGCAAGGCUCUUAGUCUUUUCAGCUUUUCUACUUGCUGUAACAAUUUUUAUUUGUUUCCGGAUUGCAGCGAAUGGCUUUGUGGAUGUAUACAUCGGUGGAACAGCGUAUAGCUCUACUAACGGAGGAACUAUUCGUUCGGCGUACAGGAGUGAUCAUUUGUGGGACAAGAAAGUGCGACAGUCUUGCACUCCUAAACGGGAAAAUGGGUUGGUUGUGUUGGUGACGGGAGCGGCAGGCUUUGUUGGGAGCCACGUCUCUCUGGCUCUAAAGAAAAGAGGGGAUGGCCUAGUGGGAAUCGAUAAUUUUAAUGAUUACUAUGAGGUUUCGUUGAAAAGAGCACGACAAGAGAUGUUGCUCAAGCAGGGCAUUUUUGUGAUUGAAGAUGACAUCAAUGACGCUGCUCUAUGGAGUCACCUGUUUGAAAUGGUGCGAUUCACUCAUGUCAUGCAUCUGGCAGCUCAAGCUGGUGUGCGUUAUGCCAUGCAGAACCCAAUGUCAUAUGUUCAUAGCAACGUUGCUGGGCUAGUUACACUCUUUGAGGCGUGCAAGAAUGCCAAUCCUCAGCCUGCUGUCGUAUGGGCGUCGUCAAGCUCAGUUUACGGUUUGAACACCAAGGUCCCUUUCUCGGAAUCUGAUCGAACUGAUCAACCUGCAAGUCUGUAUGCCGCUACAAAGAAAGCGGGGGAGGAAAUUGCUCACACCUAUAAUCAUAUAUAUGGGCUCUCCAUAACUGGACUUCGUUUUUUUACUGUAUAUGGUCCUUGGGGUCGUCCAGAUAUGGCGUACUUUUCAUUCACCAGGGAUAUUCUGAAGGGAAAACCAAUUAACAUUUAUCAGGGUCCACAUGAUAAGGACUUAGCACGUGAUUUCACCUUCAUAGAUGAUAUUGUAAAGGGUUGUGUCGGAGCACUUGAUACAGCAGGUGAAAGUACUGGAAGUGGAGGUAAGAAGAAAGGCCCUGCAAUGCUGCGCCUGUUUAAUCUCGGAAACACAUCACCUGUUACCGUACCAGUCCUGGUCGAGCUUCUUGAGAAGCACUUGAAAGUCAAAGCUGUCAAGCAAUUCAUCAAGAUGCCCAGGAACGGUGAUGUGCCUUUCACACAUGCAAACGUGUCUCUUGCGCAGGCGCAGCUUGCAUACAAGCCCACAACUAAUUUGGACACUGGUCUUAAGAAAUUUGUGACCUGGUAUUUGAAAUACUACAACGUCCAAUCAACGAAGAGCACAAGAAGAUUGUUGUAAUAGAGUAGUCGGUAUAUAUCUAUUAUUAGUUUCAUGACACCAAAUCCUUCACGACUGCUGCUACUCGGACGACUGGAAGAUGGGAUCUACGAAGCAGCUUUUGCUACUACACCACAUGUACAUGUAGGCAGGAGCAUUGAAAUGAUUGCUGUGGACUACCCUUUUGACAAGGUACAUUGAAGAGAGGACCUGUAGCAGACUCAUUUACUCGAGAAAGAAGUCCCAUUAGCAUAUCGGAAGGAUAAGGGGUUUUACCUGACUGAUCGAGCGAUAAGAUUCUCAUGGGGACAUCAGCUCAAAACAUGACAAGUGUUGCUGCUGGCAGACUGCUGAGGAAGCCCUUAGUAUCUGUAAUCUUCACAGGACGCUCUUGUACUAAGUAACUUUGUCACUCAAUUGUCUUCAAAAUCUGUCGGGGCUGAUUGGUUGGCAGAUUGUAUAGGGAUGAUGUCUUUGUACACCGUUUCACAGGUUCUAACACUGAUCCUCCUGUUGAGAUGUA